AUGCGUAUCGUUUUCACUGGCGGAUCUGGCAAAGCAGGUAAACAUGCCAUACCUUAUCUCCUCAGUCAAGGUCACCAAGUCCUCAAUCUGGACCUUGUACCUCUGGAUAACCCAAAGGUCUACACCCUAAAGACCGAUCUUACAGACUCGGGUCAAGUUUUCAACGCAUUCACCUCUCAUUUCAAUAUGUCGGAAUAUUCGCUUCCCCAUUCCCCCCCUCUACCUGACGCUGUUGUUCACUUUGCCGCAUAUGCUCGGAAUUUGCUUGUACCCGACAGUGAAAUGUUCGCAUCCAAUGUCAAGCAGACUUACAAUGUCAUCGAAGCCGCAUGUAAGCUUGGAAUCAAGAAAGUUAUUAUUGCUAGUUCAGAGACUGUAUAUGGAGUCUGUUUCACUCAAGGUGAAUCAGAUUAUCAUUCUUUUCCUUUAGAAGAGGAUUAUGAUUGCGAUCCCGAAGAUACAUACGCAACCAGCAAAUUAUGUGGAGAGCGGGUUGCGAGGAGCUUUGCCAGGCGAUUCAAGGGCACCGAUAUAUAUGCCUUUCGAAUCGGUAACGUCAUCGAGCCACAUGAAUAUGCCCUCAACUUUCCCUCAUACCUGAAUGAUCCCCCUUCUCGAAAAAGGAAUGCUUGGAGUUACAUAGAUGCAAGAGAUUUGGGCAAGCUCUGUCACUGUGCGUUCCUGAAAAGCGGACUGGGAUUUCAAGUAUUCAACGCUACCAAUAACACAAUUACUUUGAAAGAGAAAACAGAGGACUUUUUGGCGAAGGAGUGCCCAAAUGUCAAGAUCACUAGAGAAAUGGAGGAGUACGAAGCGCCAUUGACAAACAUGAAAGCCCGAAAGUUACUUGGGUUCGUUGAGGAGCAUGAUUGGCGGGAUUACGUGAAGACGAGCUAG